GGAGCCGCGUCCCCCUGCGCCGCCCCGGGCCGGCCGGCCAGAGCCGCCGCCAUGCACCCCGGCCCGCCCCGCGCCGCGCUCCGCCUGUGGCUGGGCUGCGUCUGCCUCGCGCUGGUGCAGGCGGACAGCCCCUCGGCCCCAGUGAACGUCACCGUCAGGCACCUCAAGGCCAACUCGGCAGUGGUAAGCUGGGACGUCUUGGAGGACGAGGUUGUCAUCGGAUUUGCCAUCUCUCAGCAGAAGAAGGACGUGCGGAUGCUGCGCUUCAUCCAGGAGGUGAACACCACCACCCGCUCGUGCGCGCUCUGGGACCUGGAGGAGGACACGGAGUACAUCGUGCACGUGCAGGCCAUAUCCAUCCAGGGUCAGAGUCCAGCCAGCGAGCCCGUGCUCUUCAAGACGCCGCGCGAGGCUGAGAAGAUGGCCUCGAAGAACAAAGAUGAGGUGACCAUGAAAGAGAUGGGGAGGAACCAACAGCUGCGGACGGGCGAGGUGCUGAUCAUCGUCGUGGUCCUGUUCAUGUGGGCCGGCGUCAUCGCCCUCUUCUGCCGCCAGUAUGACAUCAUCAAGGACAACGAACCCAACAACAACAAGGAAAAAACCAAGAGUGCGUCAGAAACCAGCACACCAGAGCACCAAGGCGGGGGGCUUCUCCGUAGCAAGAUAUGAAAACCCUUUCAGUGCUUGCUCUGGGCAGCUCAGAAGGAAGACGUAGAGAAUGGGAGAGAAUCUCAUGGUUCUGACGAUGGUUGUCCAACAAACAUCUGGCCCUCUCCACAUUUCCUCCCCUCUCCGUCUCCGUACACCCUCUGGCUUCCUGUCCUCUCUCUCGGCUUCUAUCUGGCGCUUUCCUGAAGCCUCUUACUAACCCCCAUCUCCAGAAGCACCUCAGCAAUGUCAGUGGCUGAGGCUGUGCUCAAGAGGCAGAUCUGCAGGAGGUGAGAGGACCGGCCGGCGGGGCGGCUCUGCUGGGGCCCAGGACCGCAUCCUGGCCAUUCAGCUCAGUGAGGCCGGAGGCUGGGCGUGAGAAGGCAGAGACCAGGCACCCAGGCGGGGCUCCUACUUGCCUUCCACCUGAGACAAGAGCCUGGCUUUUAGGCUGCAACCCUGCUGCUUCCUUCCUUCUGGUGUCUUCUCCCUGUUUCCAAACCCCGCAAGAACUCUGUUCAAUUCAGCCCUGGCCGCUUCUCUCAUUUCUUCCUUCCCAGUUUCCAAACAAGCCCUCGGUGAACAUCAUCGAAGCGUGACUGCCUGUCUGCAGGAAGAAGGAUUUUAUUUUUCUUCUCUGCUGGUCCCUGGGUCCGUGGGCUCAGGGAGAGAGGGGGCUGCCAAGGUUGGAGAUGGGGAGGCCCCACUAGCUGCAGUCUCCCUCUGCACUCCCAUCCUGGUCUGAUGACGAAGGCUAAACUACAGACCCCAACUCUGCAAAAAAUAAAACAAGCCACCAAACUAAAAGGCCUGGCCCCAUUCUGGAAAAGGCAAAGCUGCAUGAGACACAGCCUUCUUUCUGCCUCCUUGCCUCUCCUGGACUGGCCUCCUCUCUGAGAAAAUGCACAAAGCUCCUGGGAGCUGACACGCACCUGGACUGACAGAAGCUGUGUCUUUCAGGGAAGCUGUGGGGCUGCCUGCUGGGCAGAGUCCUGGCUGCCAUCAAGCCUUUGCUGGAUCCAGCCAUCAAGGACUUGUUUAUGGUGCGAUGCACAACUUUGCGAGUGUGUAAGAUGUUUUCUGUUCUGCUUCUUUUGGAAAACACAAUUGAAGGGCUUCACUCCAGAGGGCAGAGGGAUUCCCCGACUAGUGGCCUGUAUCUUCUACCUUCUUUGACCCUUGUUUUUGACUGUAAGAUCAUCAGUCUGGGGUCUGAAGAAGACAGAAUGGGAACAAGACCUUUGAAGGUAUGGGCUCCAUUUCUUUAGAAAAGAAAAUCUCUUGGAGUUGCAGCAGUGCUGGCUUGCACCACUGAAAAGAUGCGUCCACAUGGGAUACCCUGGGGGCUGCUCAUUACCCCUCCGGGUUGGACUCUGCUGGAAGGCAGGCCCAAGCCAUUCACCAUGGACAGUCAGCAGUCCCCACCUCUGGGGUCUCCAUAUCUUGCCAUCUCAUCCAGGGUUCUGUGAAAGCUCCCCAGGGUCCUCAUGUCCUUCCCUAGAGCCUGAGUGGUGUGAGGUGAUGGGUCCCUCCCUCCACUGCCUCUUUCUGGUUUAAAACACAAAUGGUGCUUGCUAAGGGAGGGCAGAGCCUUCCCUGGGACUGACAAGUUACGGCUGCGGAGUGCCUGCGUGGGAUGAGAUGGACCUCUGUGUCUUCCAUCGGUGACUGAGGACGAGCGUGUGGGAGACCGUGCCUGGCACAAACCUGGCACACCAUAGGUGCCCAGUGCAUACCUGUGGAACUGAACGAUAAGAGCAAUGGCCCCCAAGCUAGAGAGCUGAAAGCCAUUACCCCUGACCGCCCCUUCCUUCCGGUCUACAAGAGCUCUCAUGGCUGGGGCAGCCGCCACUCUGCUUUGCCCAAGUGUGGAGCACAGGGAGGGAGGAGACACAGGGUAAAAGGCAGAUGUCGGCAACACUAAGGGCUUCCUCAUGGGAGGGCAUGAGGCUCCACUCAUUGUCUUGUGACUUCCAUCCCUGCUGAAUGGGGCUGCAAGGCCAAGGCUCCUUAGGGCAGAGGUCCUUACCUCUGAUCCAGUUAGAGCAAUAACCACUUUUUAAAUGUAAAAUAAAAAGACAAAUGAAAAGGCA